AUGGGCGACACAGCGAUAAAUAGUAAUGCGAACAAUGCGGAGAAAGAAACUGAGGGUACUGCGCCUCCAGCGAACGGAGUGCCACCAGAUGAAGGACAAAAAGGAGAAGAGCCACAGGCCCAAACUAAUGAGGAGAAACCUAAUGAAGGCGAGAAUGAGCAGACAGAGGCAGAUGGCGAGAAGAACAACGAACCUGAUAAUAACGAAGCAAAAGAAAAUGAUGCCGACGAGUUGUCCCAUGAUGCAAAACAGCGCAAAUCUGUCAGCAGUGCUGCUGAACCAAAAGACACUUCGGCGGAGGAAUAUAUUUUUGAAUGUACAAAGCGUGGUGUUGUCCCACUGGGUUAUUAUAUUAGACACAUCCAAGAGAGUGAAUUGACCAUGCGGCACGCAGACAUAAGCCCAGAAGAUUUUAAGCCGCUCUCCAUUAGCUUAUGCCAGAGCAAAUUCAUUACUAACCUCGAUCUUAGCCACAACUGGUUAGGCGAUGAAAGCGUCCCAGCACUGUGUCAAAUGUUUUCUGAAAACACGUUUAUUGAGCAUUUAUCGCUGGCGGAUAAUCAUUUUACGGAUGCAAAGACCGAAGAAAUGUGCGACACCCUUGCGUCUGUAGCUCAGUUAACCAGACUAGAUCUGAGCGAAAAUGGUUUCGGCGACGAAUCGGCAGCCUUCUUUUCGGACUUAAUGGCCACCUCCCUUCAACUGGUUUACCUAAACCUGUCCAAAAACAAUUUCGGGGAGGGAACUCCAAUUCCCUUUGGACGUGGUAUUGCUCAGUCUGAAUGUCUACAGGAACUGGACAUCGGUUGGAACCACAUUCGCGGCAAGGGCAUGAAACAACUGUGCCAAGGCAUUGCCGUAAGUAGAACUUUGAAGGACAACUUGUACCCAUCCCUCUAA